AUGAAUGUGACGGGUGCUGACGGGAACAUGACCUCCCGGAGCUCGCUGGACGACAUUGUGAGCAGGAACAUGAUCGUGUUGCUUCUCGGUAUCACCAUCAACUACAUCAAUGCCACCAUGGUGUACACUUUCAGCAAACACUAUAUCUUUAAGACAAACCCUCGUUACAUCCUUUUCAUUCAUCUGGUGCUGAACGACAUGAUCCUGCUGACAGUCACCGUCUCCCUCUUCCUCCUGACCUACAUCUUCAACACCAUAUACGUGCUUGUCUGUGGUCUCCUUGUAUUGCCAGCUGUGCUCACCACACAAAACACACCUCUCAAUCUCCUUUUCAUGGCGGUCGAGUGCUACAUCUCCGUCUGCAUCCCCCUGCGUUACAACCAAUUAUGUACAGUAAAGCGGACAUACGCAGUCAUCGGCACAAUGUGGGCAGUAAACUGUCUUUCUGUCCUGCCGGAAGUGAUUUUUCUGUUGGCCACCGAGUCUCAGCAGUUCCUCCUCGGCCUGGUGGCCUGCCACGUAGACACCCUGUUCAGGAGCAGCUACAUUAGAAAUAAGAGGGAUGCCUCUCAUAUUGUGUCCCUCGUGAUAGUUUGGCUUGCUCUCUGCUACACAUUCUUCAAGAUUCUGUUUGUGGCCAAAACUGCAGAUGCGAAUGCAAACAAGGCCAGAAACACCAUCUUGCUUCAUGGUUUCCAGGUGCUGCUGUGCAUGAUUUUCUAUGUGCAACCAAUGUUCACUCAGUUCUUGCUUUUCCUCUUCCCUGGACAGGCAAGAUUGGUUUAUUUUGUUGUUUUUGUCAUCAGUCAAAUCCUUCCUCGCUUUACAAACCCCAUCGUGUACGGGCUGCGGGAUGCAACUUUCAGGAAGUACUUUAAAAGAUAUUUCAGCUGUGGGGUCACGAGGCAAAUUCAUCCUCAGACGGAACUGAAGUUUUAA